GAAUCGUAAAAGAGAUUUGGGGUUGAGGAGAUACAUCCAUGGACCAGAAAGAGAAGAGCCACUCUCGGAAUGGUGGGAAAUAGUGAAAGAAAUGUGAAGAUUUCCUGCACUACUUCCAAGAAACAUGGAUGCAAGGGUUCUACAAAGUUCUCUGGUGCAAAUGGGACCUUGAGGAAACGGCUCACAGUACUCAUAGACGUGGACCAUCCGCCUCUGAGCGUACUCAUUGAAGCUCUUCGCAAGUUCAACUACGAAGAGAGGGCAGCAUUAACACGCCUACAAGAGUACCCGAACAACGCCAAGAAACUUUAGAAACGAGAUCAGGAAAGAAGAGCAAAGAUAGCAGAAGAAAUAAGUCUAUUCGAAGAGAUAUACCGGAAUGGACAAAGUGAGCAGGAAAUAGAGCAGUCCUGCAGGAAAAGGUCUAGAUACGUCACCGAUAAGGCCACAUAG